UUGUUAAGAUAUCCUAGUGAUACCAAACAGGUAACUACCACCUCUACCUUCCUCAGAUUCACUAGCAACUGCAUGAAGCUCAAGAUCAAGCUCGGGCUUUUACUUUUGACCGUCCCGGAUCGUCGCCAGGGUCUUGGGUUCUGUAAGCAGCCAUUCCCUUGCUUGACCCUCUCCACUCUCCGGCACUCCCGUACAGCAUACUCGGACAACUUUAUUGACUACAUCGGACAGCUUUCCGAAUUCUACGGAGUAGAUACGGAUUACUGUAUAUCUGUGGUUAUCCGUUUGUGCCAUGAUACCACUAUUAACUUCAACUGA